AUGCCCUUGCAGUUUGACACACAGCAGGGCAGAAUAAAUGUGAGCCUCGAACCUGCUUUAGGUGACGCAGUAGUGGAAGAAUACCAUGUGAAUGACAAUUCAGAGGAGCAACUGUUAAUAGAGCAAGAAAUGGAGGAGAAAGGGAGAAAUGAAAUUGAAAUGUUUAGGAAGAACAAGAAGGAAAGAGCGAAGGAGACUUGUUUGAAUAGGAAAGCAGCAGUGAUGGACAAUGAAGAGGAUAGUGAUGAUGAUGAUCUGGUAGAAUAUGGGGACACAGAUGUUGAGGAAAUGUGUGACUCAGAGGUGGAUGAUGAGCUGUAUGUGCCACAAGGUGAAGAAGAGGAUGUAGAGGAGGAAGAGGAGGAGGAAAUGGAGGAAGAGGAACAAGAGGAUGAGCUAGGGCAAGAUGUACCAAACAAGAGAAGGGCCAAGAGACAAAGAAAAGGUCCAACAAGCAAUUCACAUGGGAGUAUAGAACACAUGUUUGAGGAGGACUGGAUUCCAUCAUCUGAUGAGGACAAGAAACCACAAGACCUUGGUGUGGAAGAUGAUGGUGGUGCUGAGGCAUUGGCAUAUGUGUUGCCCAAUGGUAGAAAAAGCAGAGCAAAGAAGAUGAAGAAGAGGUUAUGGUUUGAUGAGCACAGAGCUCAUCCAGAGGAGAAAUUUGUGAAGCAUCUUUGCUUCUUAAAUGUGUACCAGUUUAGAACUGCACUUCAAACCCUGCACAUUGCUCAAAACAGGAACUUUGUCUACCAUAGAAACUGUAGUGAUAGGGUGAUAGCACAGUGCAUAGAUGAGCAAUGUCCCUUCUAUAUAGCAGCUUCUCAGAUUGCAAAUGAGAAGUCAUUUACAAUUAGGAAGGUGUAUUUAGUGCACACAUGCCCUUCUAUGUCAGAGAACACUAAAGUCACUGCUAAGUGGGUUUCAAAAUUCUAUGAGAAGGCUAUCAGAAAUGACCCAUGCACAACAAUCACAAGUAUUAUUAAUACUACAAAGAGCAAGUAUGGUGUGGACAUAUCAACACACAUGGCAUACAGGGCAAAGAGGGCAGCAAAGGCUGUUGUGUUAGGAGACCAGAAAGCCCAGUACACCAGGAUUAGGGAUUAUUUACAGGCUGUGUUGAAUACAAAUCCAGGUUCAAGAUGCAUUGUGACAACAAGAUAUCUGAAGGAGCAUCCAAGCACUAACCCUAGGUUUCAUGCACUGUCCAUAUGCUUGAAUGGAUGCAAAGAAGGGUUUCUCAAUGGCUGCAGACCAUUCAUAGGUCUAGAUGGUUGUUUCAUCAAGCUCACUACUGGUCAACAAAUUCUAGCUGCAACUGGAAGAGAUGGGAAUAAUAAUAUUUUUCCCAUUGCUUUUGGAAUUGUUGAUAAGGAGGACACUAACUCCUGGACCUGGUUUUUAUACCAGUUGAGACAAGCAUUAGGUGGAGAAUCUGGGAAGUUUGGGAACUACACAAUAAUUUCACAUAGGCAGAAGGUAAUCAGUUGUAAUUACUUUCUUUAUUUACUUUCUUAUGUCAGGGCUAAACCAAUUAGGACCAUGGUGGAUGGAAUUAGGACAAAGUUAAUGGUCAAGUUCAAUGCAAAUAGAACAAAGACUGAGACUGUUGGCCAUAGAUACACCAACUAUAAUGUUGCUUUGAAUCCCUCACUGGCAAUGAGAAAGAACAGGCAUGAGCCAAGGAGCAGCUCCUAUGAACCUGAUGCAGCCACACCAGCAAGGAGGGCCUCUUCUGCUGCUAGUGCUGCUGCUACUGCACCAUCACCAGCACAGAGGGCAUCUUCUUCUUCUGCUAUAGCACCUGGACCAGCAAAGAAGAGGGCCUCUUCUGCUUCUGCAACAACACCUGGACCACCAAAGAAGAGGGCAUCUUCUGCUUCUGCAACAGCACCUGGACCACCAAAGAAGAGGGCCACUUCUGCUGCACCACCACAAAGGACAGCUGCUGGUAGUUCAUCAUCUGGUGCAAAGGGUAAAACAGCAGUAACUAGAUCUUCAGCUGCUGCAAAGGGAGCAAGGGCAUCUUUCUUGCCUCCAAGAACAACUGUUGUUUCCCAAAGAAUCAGGAAGCCCACCCAGAAAAUUAGAGAUUACUUGACUGCUUCAGGUGCUCCAUGGGAAUGA